AUGGAAGGAGAAGGGGUCACGGCAAAGGCCGUACAGAAGGACGAAAAUCCUGCCAGCGUUGAGCACGCGGAAAAACCGCAGCAGCGACACGAUGUCUUGGAUAUCGAAGGGCGAUCGGGCGGUCUUAAUGCCGUGUUUGAGAACCCACUAGCAGGUGUUCCUCGGGAGCAACUCCUCAACGACGUAGAGCGCUUUUGUCGCCAGUACGGUCUCGAAGCUCACUUGGACGAUUUCCGUAAAGGCGCCCUCAUUUCACAAAACCCGCAAGGCGCAUUGGACCUCCCCGACUUGACCGAGGCGGACAAGGAGAUCCUCCGGCGGGAACAGACGCAUAAAUGGUCGCAGCCCUGGCAGCUCUACUUCAUGGCCUCCAUGUGCUCUCUCGCAGCCGCCGUACAAGGUAUGGAUGAGACCGUCAACAAUGGCGCCCAGGCCAUCUAUCUCGAUGAACUUGGGAUUACUGCUCCCCGCUUUUCAGACCAAAUGCAAGAUUAUCUUACUGGGCUCGUCGUUGGCGCCCCCUAUCUAGCGUGUGCUAUUCUCGGCUGCUGGCUCACCGAGCCCAUGAACAGGUACCUGGCGCGACGGGGCACGAUUUUCUGGUCUUGCCUCAUCGCGGCAGUAGCUUCCAUCUGGGAAGGCGUGGCUAAUUCCUGGGUUAACCUCUUCAUCGCACGGUUUGUCCUCGGUCUUGGAAUCGGUUCCAAAUCGUCUACCGUGCCUGUGUAUGCGGCUGAAUGCUCCCCGGCUCCCAUCCGAGGUGCCCUUGUGAUGAUGUGGCAGAUGUGGACAGCAUUUGGCAUCAUGCUUGGUAAUAUCAUGGGCGUUGCUUUCAUGGGCGUGUCGAGGGAUCUUUCCUGGCGUCUCAUGCUCGGAUCAACCGUGGUCCUGCCCCUCGUCGUCUGCGCGCAAGUCUACUUCUGCCCGGAGUCCCCUCGAUGGCUUAUCCAGCAUAACCGAAUCAACAAGGCUUUCGAGUCUUUCCGCACUCUCCGCCCGUCGGAUCUGCAGGCGGCCCGAGACUUGUACUACGCGUACGUUCAGGUGGAGCUGGAGCGGAAAGUCAACACCGGGAAGAACUUCUUCUCCAUGUUCCUCGAGCUCUUUACGGUCCCACGCAAUCGUCGCGCCACGCUUGCUAGCUGGAUUGUCAUGUUUCUCCAACAAUUCUGUGGAGUCAACGUCAUAGCUUAUUAUUCCACAACCAUCUUUCAAGAUUCCGGAUAUAGUAUCCAGGAAGCCCUAUUGGCCAGUAUGGGAACCGGUAUCCUGAAUUGGGUUUUUGCGCUCCCCGCGUUUUUCACCAUUGACACAUGGGGCCGUCGAAAUCUUCUGCUCUUUACCUUUCCAUUCUUAGCCAUCUGGCUUCUCUGGACCGGAUUCUCAUUCUGGAUUGAGCCGUGGAACGAAACCAGUAAAAAGCGGGUGGGAAUGGUCACGACGGGCUUGUAUCUGUUCGAGGUAUUCUAUUCCCCGGGUGAGGGACCCGUGCCAUUUACCUAUUCUGCCGAAGCAUUUCCACUGCAGGUACGUGAGGUUGGCAUGUCAUGGGCCACUGCGACAACUUGGUGUUUCAACUUUAUCCUGUCAUUCACCUGGCCUAUGCUCCUCAGAGCGUUCAAGCCUCAGGGUGCGUUCGGAUGGUAUGCCGCGUGGUGUGUGAUUGGAUGGUUUUUGGUUCUUCUGUUUGUGCCAGAGACUAAAGAACUUACACUUGAAGAGCUUGACCAAGUGUUUUCGGUCUCGACGCGCAAGCAUGCAUCCUACCAAUUGAAGAAUGCAUGGUGGCAUUUCCGUGUCUGGGUGCUUCGGCAGAAGUUGGAACCACUGCCCAAAUUCUAUGAGCAUGCGGAGAAUCUGGCGGAAGGGCACGCGGAGAACCACUCGCAGGAAUAUAAUGAGAAAUGA